UUUAAAUUUUAUUAUAAUUCAUUCAAUUAUAAACUAAAAGUGAAUCAGUGAUAUACCAAAGACAAUAAACAUGGAAGUAGCACAAAAUCCGCUUCAACUAACGCAGGAUCACCAAGACGCAAGAAUUAGAGACGAUAACACAUCACCUCUGCGGUGGUCACCACCAUCAUCAGCGGCACUAGUAGCAGCCGCGUUGGCACCACCGGCGUUGAGACCCUGGUUGCCUGAUCCGCCCACCAAGAAGACCAACCAUUUGGGUCUUGUGUGCGUGGUUUGCGGCGACACCAGCUCAGGGAAGCAUUAUGGCAUCCUAGCUUGUAACGGCUGCAGUGGAUUCUUCAAGAGAUCGGUCCGGAGAAAACUUAUUUACAGAUGUCAGGCAGGCACGGGGCGGUGCGUGGUGGACAAAGCCCACAGGAAUCAGUGCCAAGCUUGCAGGCUGAAGAAGUGUCUCGCUAUGGGCAUGAACAAGGACGCCGUUCAGAACGAGCGUCAACCUCGCAACACCGCGACCAUCCGACCCGAAGCCCUGCGAGACAUGGACCAGGAGCGAGCCCUGAGGGAAGCCGCGGUCGCGGUCGGGGUUUUUGGUCCACCGGUGUCUCUAGCAAUGGCGUUAUCCCCAGCAAGGUACCCGUUACUGUCACCACACUACACUGCGCUACCGCAACCACCGCAGCCGCAACCAGACUCCUCACACGACAACCACGAGGAAACCAAUCAUCACACCGAUAGCGAUGAUGACAGCAUUGAUGUUACCAAUGAAGAAGACUCCACCUCUUAUUCUCCGCCGUCAGUCAACAACUACCCUCAAUCUUGUGUUCCUUAUAGACCUCUUGGUGUGGAGAGCGCCGCUGAGACAGCCGCCCGGCUUCUCUUCAUGGCUGUGAAGUGGGCCAAGAACUUGCCAUCAUUUGCCAGCCUCGCUUUCAGAGAUCAGGUGAUCCUUCUAGAAGAGGCGUGGUCGGAACUGUUCCUACUGAAUGCUAUCCAGUGGUGCCUGCCCCUGGACACCGCCUGCGCUGCUUUGUUCGGCAGCGAUCAAAUGGAUCAAGAGAAUGGCGUGACGUCACCAUCGCUGCGGCGCCUGCGCGAGGUGCUGGCGCGGUACCGCGCCGUGCUGGUAGACCCCGCAGAGUUCGCCUGUAUGAAGGCCAUCGUCCUCUUCAAGUCUGAAACCCGAGGCCUCAAAGACCCGCUGCAGAUAGAGAAUCUCCAGGACCAGGCGCAGGUGAUGCUACUAUCGCAUGCGCGCGCCGCGCACGCCGCUGCGCCGGCGCGCUUCGGCCGCCUGCUGCUGCUGUUGCCGCUGCUGAGGCUGGUGUCGCCGCAGCAGCUGGAGAAGGAGUUCUUUGCCAAGACUAUAGGCCAGACGCCCAUGGAGAAGGUCUUGGCUGACAUGUAUAAGAAUUAG